UCCACUGUUCGCCUGACGAAUAAUAAAGAAGUUGCGGUUGUGGCUGGCGAUCAAAGUCAAAUAUUUGGCUUGAAUGUUUACAAAUUGGGUCAGCUGGUCAUCUGGCCUGGCCAAGAGCUAUACAGCCCUCUUCAAAAUGCCCCGGGCGAAUGAUUUCAACCCCUUUCAACGUGAAUUUCCCGCAAAUAAAGACCGUGGAUCUCAGCUGUCGCUUCAUUAUGACGCUAAUUGCCAGGACACGCUGGCCAAAAGGAUUAGCUGAACGUAAAGUGUACGGAAAAACAUUCGAUGAGACCGCAAAAACCAGGACAAGAAAGAACAUGAGAAAGCAAGACCGACGGUCUGCCGACCCAUAAACUGUUUAGUUCAACUUAAUCCGGUGAUAUAUCCGGAUUAGCGAACAGAAGUGCGACGAAGGAGUACUUUUUUCGCUAUUCCCGAGAACUUUACGACACUUUUUAGGUAAUGAAUGGGAUUACAUUUUUUUAAUCCAGUGCCAGCCGUGAGCUGUAAAAAAAUUCGUGACAAAAAAACAGCAUUCAGGUCAGUUUUUGGCCUGAGAAACCGAUUGACCUGCGAGAGUGGGUCACAUGAAUGGGCAGGUCAAAAAAAGGAUGGCGUAUAAAAUAAACGAGCAGCUCUGAUGUAACCAGCAAACGCAGACAGACAUUCAGACAGUCAAGAUGUGUCUCAUCCAGCAGAACGAGGAAGUCAAGGAGAGCACCAAAGGGAAUCCUUCCCUGAAUUCAGGGGAUUCACCACCAAAGUCACCCACCGCCGCUUAUGCUAUGUUUAUGCACCGCGAAGAGUUGAGAAGGAGAAAAAUCCAUGUGACACGGGCUUCCGCCACAAAAAUUCACCUGACCAGCGAAUUAAUCGCCCGAACUAAACAGAAUAUCCGGCAGUGCAGCUUCGAGGAUCUGGAGAUUUUGGCAAGGGAGACGCUCUUCAAGAAGAAUCUGCAGAGACAUCUGUACUAUCGCCGCAUGCAGAUCCAUCAAUGGAUGAUAAACAGAAAGAAGCAGCAAGCCAAGGAGAUGAAGUGAAGGAAACAAAUAUAUUUAGUUAA